AUGAGUCCCAGGCUGGUGAACAUGACCCUGGUGGUGUGGAUUGUGUGGCUGUACCAGAGGAGGUUUGGCCGAGAGCUUCCAUACAGGGACACAGGGCAGGCCAUCUUCUCAUUGCUUCGCCAGCAGAUGGAGGAAGAGGAGGGAGCGCUUGAUGCCGACAAGCAGCUCAAGGAGGACUUGAGGCAAGAGGUGGUGCAGAUUGCGGACAUUGCCUCGCGCUUGCAAGCCCGGGCGGUGGAGCAGCCGGAAGGACUUCUGCAGGGCCUGCAGCAGAACCUGGGGGACCUGCUGCUGCAGGUGAUGCGUGAACAGUCCUUGGUAGAUGACCGAGACCAGCAGCUUAAGAGGAGCUUUGAUAUGUCGAUGAAGGAUCUGCGGGAAGCCAAGGAACAGGUGGUUCAGCAGGUGCUCGUGGAUGAUGACAUUUUCGGGCCAUUGACGAGCACAACCAGUGGCCUCCUGGCGGGCCUGGAUAUCGCUAUCGCUGCCCAGGCCAUGGUGCUGGCGGUGCUCAUCACCGCCACCAAGGGGGCCUUCCCUGGCUUUGGCGAGGCAGCGCCCGAGGCUGUGGACAGCAAAGGCACCGCAGCCAAAGCGCCUGCUCCGGUCCAGGAGUUGCUGGUGCCUUGCACAGUGGUGUUGCGCUUCUACGGGCGCUGGGAUGACGAAGACCAGUGGGUGCUUCUGCAGUCCUUGCCCCUGCAGGGCGUGGCCGGAUCUGUAGUGAACAGCCUCCGCCGGAACUUCGCGGGCCCACUGUCUAAACGCCUUCUCACCGCCCUUGUCGCACGCAGCGCGCGAGGCCUGGUGAGGCGGAGGGGCUGGAAGCCAAUCGUCGAGAAGACCAUGGCCGAGGUGGGCCGAGAGUUCCACUUGGGGUACCUCGUGGAGCUUCCGAGCGGAGGGGCCUCGAAGAGGAUCUAUUUGUUGGACCCGGAGCAGCGCGUGGAGGAGGUGCCCAGCGCCCGAAUCCUGCGCGAUGCUGUGGAUGCAAACCGCGAAAAAGAAGAGGGGGCCGGUUGGGAUGAAAAGCGGGGAACGUACAUUGAGGCCACCAUCCCGGAGAUCUACACGGACCCGGCGCUGCGGUUCAACCGUAAGGAUCUGUUCUGCUUUGUUCUUCGCGACACUAGGUUUAUCGUAGCGCAUCGGGAGUCCACGCCUGCGAGGUACACAGUGGACUUUGGAGAUCCUGAGGAGUGGCGUGACGCCCUGCCCAAAUUGCCGGAGAUGGCAAACUUCAAGGCCACAUGGCCCUUGCCUGACCACCUCUUGAACAACAGCCGGCGCCAGUUGGAGGACCAGCUUGCUGCCAGUUGCGACUCGAUGGAUUGCACUUUUUCCUCUCGUGCUUCAAUGCAGCAGAGGUUUAAGGUCCCGGACGAGGAGACGGACAAGAAGUACAGGGACUUCAUGGACAAGGCCGGGCGAGGGCUUUGUAGUCUUGGAUAG